AGUGGAACUCCUGGUUGCCCCCAACUUUCGAAACACUGGCUCAAGAUCGGAUCAAGGCCUGCGCAGUGCAUCAGAUUGAUCUUUCCUAUGAGAUAUCUCACUCAGAAACAUACGUUUGUUGUUAUUAUUUACUUUUCGAGACCUUCACUCGAGAGGAUCCCGCUGGUAUUCGUACAUAAUAUACUGGAUCGGUCUCCAGCCUCAUUCCCUUGCAAACCCUGUCAUACACAUUCAUAUAUAUAUGUAUACCAGAGGCCCAUUGUGUUCUACCGAGACCUCUUGUAUUCUGCCACACGUGCCUUAUUGGAAAAGAGCCUCUAGUUGGAUUGCCUAGGAGGCUGUGUUGGUUAAACAAGGCAACAACUUCUAGCGUGUUGAAUCUGUACAAUACCCGAUGUUGCCUGCGAGUUCAAACGACCCUGCGAGCAGUGGGAACAGUGCUGCCAAUACAGUAACUACAAUAAUCACCAAAACCGAGCCAGGAAACAAUUUUCCGCUACCGAAGACCGACAAACCGCGUCCCCACGGUUGUACGACAUGUGGUAGAUCAUUCGCGCGGUUGGAGCAUUUGAAACGACAUGAGCGGUCGCACACGAAGGAGAAGCCUUUUGAAUGCCCACAAUGCACACGCUGCUUUGCGCGCCGAGAUCUACUUCUGCGCCAUCAGCAGAAGCUGCAUAAACAGGGCGAAACGUCCUUAAGGCCAAGAAGUGCUCGAAGGGAAAGCACAAGUGGAAUGCCUGCAACCGGCUCUGCACGAGUGCGCAAGAAUUCAAUAGCAGGCAGUCUCGUAGGAGGAGCAAACCCAUCUGUGCGGCCUCGAGCAAACACAAUUAGUCAUAUUGAUGCAGCAGGGUUGAACAAUUUUCUGGCUACAAACGGCAUGGCACAAAGGAAUCAUGGAACACAUGGAGGCCAUAGCCAUCAUUCCAGCAUGGCCGGAUUCCCCUCUAUACAUGAUUAUGAUUAUCGGGGGUUCGUUGGAAGUGUUGGACAUCACUUGACCAACCACGGUCUCCCGAAGCUCGACACGCAAUUGGGGUUGGACUUGGGUGGAGGUCUCCGUACGGCCCCUCCAAUACAUGGCUUUCAUGCGGACACCUUUGAGAUAGACCAGAUCUUUGGUGGCGGUUCGACCAUCAACCCUGCCCAGCUACAAUUUCAUAAUUCAGCCUCUCCGUUCCAGAAUAUGCAUCAAUUUACCGGACAAUCCAUGGACGAAGAUGAAUCCUUUGAUUGGACUGCUGGAUUCGACCAGUCUAUGACAAUGGCUGGACCGGGGCCAACUGAACACGCCAUUGACGAGUCAUCUCCAAGCGCCAUGAGCAACACCACUCAAAGUGGCUUUAGCGAAGUCAUGAUUGAUGGUUCCAAUAAUUCAACUCAGGCGUCAGCAGCUAUGUGGCACAACGCGCUAUCGACACCGACCUCUAUGGUUCAGCCUUCUUUCAAUCUAGACACGAUAGGUGCUGCGUUUGCGCCGGAGCUGAUGAAUCAUAUGAGUAUCACAUCACCCAGGGAAGGACAAGAUCAAAACAUUCCGCAUGAGUUUAGCCUCUCGUCACCUCCACCCCUUCCAACGAUGAGUCCUACGACUGGUUUACACAGGAUUCCAGGCGUGCAGCACCAUUACCACCAAACUGCCCCACUCACCAUUAAUUCUGAGAGUCCGAGUGUGGGCUCUUCAUCCAUGAAUGGAAGUGCACGGCACAGCUCUAUAACUUCGAUAUCGUCAGACUCUAUUACCGACACUACAAGGCAGGCAUUGGUCAUGACCCUAUCCCAGGCACAAGGCUACGGACAUACCCACCGGAAAUAUUCACAACCAACAACAAGCUCGCCUUUAUCAUCGAAUGGGCUGUCUAAACCGGUACCUCAACUCGCCUCAUUGCCAACGACCAUCGAUCUACAACGUUUCGUCAACGCAUACAUACAGUAUUUUCACCCCCACUUACCAUUUCUUCAUAUCCCGACACUGUCCUUCGAUAGUGCUACUUUCAAUAGUACGGUUCAUAACGCACCAUUUACGAACGAGGGCAUCGUAGGUGGUGGCGGAUGUCUCAUCCUUGCCAUGGCUGCCAUUGGCGCCCUAUACGAAUUUGAGCACGAGGUCGCUACUGAGCUGUUCGACUCAGCUAAAAGACUGAUAAUGUUCUAUCUAGAAGAAAGAAGAAAAGCGGGCAUUUCCGCCGUUGCUUCACAAAAUCUGAAUCCACAGGGUCAGGAGGCUCCUUUGUGGCUCAUACAAGCUAUGCUACUCAAUUUGGUUUAUGGGCAUAAUUGUGGCAAUAAAACGGCUGCAGAAGUCGCAACGACACAUUGUGCCGCCUUGGUGAGCCUAUGCAAGUCCUGUGGUUUGGACAAGGCAGGUCCUGACCCCCUGGAUGAUGUAUCAUAUGAUAGCAACGAUCUCUUUGAUGGCGAUGUGAACAUGGCUGGAAUAUCACACUCGAGCGACUUGCAUCAACAAUGGUUACGUUGGAAAGACCACGAGGAGCGUAAAAGAACAUUCUACGCAGUGUUCGUCCUCUCUAGUCUGUUGGUGACCGCUUACGCACAUCAGCCGAGAAUUUUGAAUUCCGAAAUUCGCCUGGACCUACCAUGCGACGAAGAUUUGUGGACCGCAAAUAGCUCACAGGUCUGGGGAACUCUUAGCGGUCCAACAACUGCUGGACGAAGAAACCUGUCGUUUGCUCAUGCCCUAAGCUACUUGUUGCAAGCAAGCAAUAGACAGCAGGAACCAUACGGUGCUACUGGACAAACUCCCUUAAGACCUAGCACCUUCGGAUGCUACGUCUUGAUCAAUGCUCUACACGUGUACAUAUGGGAAACUAGAAAUCGGCACACUUCUCGUCAGUGGAAGAGUCAAGAGACCGAUGCGAUGAUCUCACAAGUACAACCUGCGUUACAGGCUUGGCAAGAAGCCUGGAAUUCGAAUCCUCAGCAUAGCCUCGAGCGACCCAAUCCGUUUGGGCCAUUGUCUGCUGAUAGCAUUCCUUUGUUGGACUGUGCAUACGUACGGCUGUUUGUAGAUAUCGGUCGUACCAAAGAAUCGAUCUGGCAGAGAGACUUUGACGCUAUGGCGGAUGAAAUUGCCAUAGGAUUGGACGAAUUAAGCCCAACAGAUACUUUGGAAGGCAUACGAAGCGAAGGGGACACGAAUCCAACAACAAUGUCUCUUGAGAUCCCGAACUUUACCGACGAAGAACAGAACUUGGACCAGCAUUCCGGCAAGGCUAGCAAGCGCGAGCGGCAUCUUCGUCGAGCAGCGUUUUUCGCCGCAGAUUCGUUAUUGAUGGCAGUCGAACUCAAAGUGACUUUUGCAGACUUUACUUCGCGUGAGCUACCCCUGCAGUCAGCUAUGUGCACUUUUGAAUGCGCACAGGUCCUUGCUGAAUGGGUAGCAUCUGUACAAGAUAGGGUCGGCAGAUUUAUUGGUAUCCUUGGAAAGGAUGAGAUAAACUUGGAUCAGGUCCCUGCUAUCAUUUUGUUGGAAGAUGAAGACAAAAAACUGAUUGACAAGCUUUCAAGAAUACUAGCCCAGUCAGACGCGAAACUAUCCAUGAAUGAGAUGGGCCAGAAUUUGACUGUUCCUGGCUUAUGCGAUCUUUCAAAUUAUGGUUUUGGUAGUAAACUCCUGAUGGUCGCCGCGUAUAUGUUGGAGAAGGCUGGAUAGUUACGCAUGUCAUGGCACAAGCGUUACAGUCUCAUGCGGACCACAUGCAUAGACGUGCCGAGGCAUCACUCAUAGAAAGGACGUGACGUUGGCAGAUGCACGGGCUCCCCUUGAGUGUCACCGCUCUUUUUUGUUG